UGAAUCAAUUAUGGUGACAAUAACAAGGCAGUCCGAAAAAUGAAACCAGUCCAGUGAAAAGCCCCCCAAAAGAAAAACGUAGUAGAUUACUCACGCCAUAAUGGUCCACUCUCCAAUGGCCCAGAGCUCUUGUUUGUUACGCAAAUUCCCAAUGAUUGCUUUGUAUCGUAUUUAAUAUUUCUCUGUCGAUAAGAAGGAACACUACUUCAUAACAAGUUUCCGCUUUACUAAACGCCAAUUUCUUGGCUUGGCUUGGCCACUUCCAUUUCCUAAUCAGUUGACCAGAUCCAAAAGAAAUGGGUGGUGGAGCAGCAGCAGCUCCAAUUCCCCGUCUAACAGCGAUCACUUUCCUAUUCCUCCUCCCCAUCGUCAUUCAAUCACAUACUCCCACCAUCUCCGUCAGAGACUUCGGAGCCACCGGAGACGGCAAACACUACGACACAGCCGCCAUCCAGUCGGCCAUCGACAGCUGCCGCACUAAACCAUGCUACGUGACCUUCCCAACAGGCACAUACCUAACUGCCACCAUCUUCCUCAAAUCCAACGUGAUUUUGGACAUCCCGAAAGGCUCCACCAUCUUGGGUGGGACCAAAUUGGAAGACUACCCGAAAGAGUUCGAUAGGUGGUAUGUGAUAUUGGCAGAGAAUGCAAGGGAUGUAGGGAUAACAGGUGGAGGGGUGGUGGAUGGGCAGGGGUUGGAGUUCGUGGUGAAGUUCGACGAAAGAAAAAACGUGAUGGUGAGCUGGAACCAGACAGGGGCUUGCUCCGGCGAUGAGUGUAGGCCAAGGUUGGUGGGUUUUCUUGACUCUACCAACGUCAGAGUUUGGAACGUUACCUUCAGGCAACCGGCCUACUGGUGCUUGCACAUAGUUCGAUGUGAAAACACAUCUAUCCAUGAUGUUUCAAUCUAUGGAGAUUUCAAUACACCUAACAAUGAUGGAAUAGACAUUGAGGAUUCAAAUAAUACAGUGAUUACAAGAUGCCACAUUGAUACAGGAGAUGAUGCUAUAUGCCCCAAGACAUACACUUCCCCUCUAUAUAACUUAACUGCAACCAACUCCUGGAUUCGAACCAAAUCUUCUGCAAUUAAACUUGGAAGUGCUAGCUGGUUUGAGUUAAACAAUUUGGUCUUUGACAACAUUACUAUUGUAGAUUCUCAUAGAGGGCUCGCAUUGCAGAUACGUGAUGGAGUUUCCGAAAACGGUAUCUUCUUAUCAGGUUCUAAAGGUGGACUGCUAAGGAAUUUGAGAUUCAUCAACAUUAACUUAACAUACAAACGAUGGACGAAAUACAUGGGAGGGUUGGUUGACUAUCGGCCGGGAUGUCAGGGACUUGUGAACCACAGCACAGCAGGGAUUAUAAUGGAACAUAUUGAUGGUUUGGAUGUUGAGAAUGUAAAUAUGAGAUGGUUCGAUGGACGAACGGUGCAAUGGGAUAAUCCGUUGGACUUCAGGCCUUCUACUUUUAGAAAGAUAUAGUUUUUGAAGAUGAAUUUACUUCGAAAGCUGAACUGCCUUUUCCAUUACUAUCCCAAAAGUGCACCAUUUUCAUCUUUAGUCAGCUCCUUUACCACUCACCAGCUAACUCUCACUACCUUCCCGCCAAACCCACAAAUUGUUUUAACUACCUUAUGCUCCAAUGGUCAACUGAAAGAAGCUUUGAUAGAAAUGGCGGCUCGAGGCCUUGAAAUGAAGUUUGAAAGCUAUGAUAUGCUAUUAAAUGCUUGUAUAAAGAAAAGGGCAUUUAGAGAGGGCCAAAGGGUCCAUGCCCAUAUGAUCAAAACAAGAUAUUUACCGCCUGUUUACCUUCGAAACAGGCUGAUCAUUUUGUACAGUAAAUGUGAUCGUUUGAGGGAGGCAAGGAAUGUGCUUGAUGAAAUGCUUGAGAAGGAUGUGGUUUCUUGGACUGCCAUGAUUUCUGCUUAUUCUCAAAGAGGGUUUGCCACUGAAGCGUUGGAUCUUUUUCUAGAGAUGUUAAGAUCAGUUACUGAACCGAAUGAAUUCACCUUUACCGCUGUACUAUCUUCUUGUACGGGGACUUUUGGUUUUGAGCUGGGAAAGCAAAUCCACUCCCUUAUAAUCAAGAGAACUCUUGACACCCAUAUCUUUGUUGGGAGCUCACUUCUUGACAUGUAUUUCAAAGCUGGUAGAAUUCAUGAAGCUAGAGAGGUUUUCGAAAGCCCGCCGGAAAGGGAUGUUGUUUCAUGCACUGCCAUAAUUUCAGGGUAUGCUCAGUUAGGGUUAGAUGCAGAGGCACUAGAAUUAUUCCGAAGAUUGAAUUUAGAAGGAAUGAGUUCAAAUUAUGUUACUUAUGCUAGUGUUCUAACUGCAUUAUCUGGGCUUGCAGCAUUAGAUCUUGGUAAGCAAGUUCACAACCAUGUACUGCGAUGUAAACUUCCCUUCUAUGUGGUACUUCAGAACUCUUUGAUCGAUAUAAAGUGUGGGAACCUCAUUUACUCGAGAAGGAUAUUUGAUAACAUGCCUGAGAGAACUGUUAUUUCAUGGACUGCAAUGCUUGUGGGGUACAGCAAACACGGAAUGGGAAGAGAGGUAGUAGAGCUUUACAAAUUGAUGAGAAAUGAAAAUAAAAUAAAACCUGACGGUGUCACUCUGCAGGGUGUUUUAUCUGGUUGCAGCCAUGGAGGGAUGGAAAAUGUGGGAUUGGAAAUCUUUGAGGAAAUGGUGAAUGGGAAAAAUGGGGUCGAGCCUGACAUUGAGCACUACGGGUGCGUUGUAGAUUUGCUUGUGCGUGCUGGUAGAGUAGAAGAGGCUUUCCAAUUUAUCAAAAAGAUGCCUUUUGAACCAACUGCUGCUUUGUGGGGUUCACUUCUAGGUGCUUGUAAGGUUCACUCAAACAUCGACGUUGGUGAAUUUGUAGGGCAUCGACUGCUAGAAAUUGAUCCCGAGAGUGCAGGGAACUAUGUUAUUCUAUCAAAUUUAUAUGCUUCUAUGGGGAGAUGGGAAGAUGUAAGAAUGGUGAGAGAUUUGAUGUUGAAGAAAGCUGUGAAGAAAGAGCCAGGAAGAAGUUGGAUUGAGCUUGACCAAACCCUUCAUUCCUUCCAUGCAAGUGAUCCUAUUCCUUCGCAUCCAAGAAGGGAAGAGGUGUUUGCAAAGAUGAAAGAGUUAUCAAUAAAAUUCAAGGAAGCCGGAUACGUUCCUGAUUUAAGCUGUGUUUUACAUGAUGUGGAUGAGGAGCAGAAGGAGAAGAUAUUCCUAGGCCACAGUGAGAAAUUGGCAUUGACUUUUGGGUUGAUUUCAACCUCUGAUAGAGCCCCACUCCGUGUGAUUAAAAACCUCCGGACUUGCGUUGAUUGCCAUAACUUUGCCAAGUUUGUUUCUAAGAUUUAUAUGAGAGAAGUGUACUUGAAGGACAAGAACCGGUUCCACCAUAUUUCCAUGGGAGUUUGCUCCUGCGGAGACUACUGGUGAUGUCUGAAGUUUCGAAACCGUUUUCUACAACUGAUAGUUCACCAGAAGUAGUGUCCUUGCCUGCUAAGAAACCUUGCCAACGAAAGAGGUCAUCAUAAUCAUAUUCAAAACAAAAGCAGGAAACGACUGCCAACUUCUUGGCACCUGGAUAGAUACUGUUUCAGCUAUGGUGGUCAAAGAGCAGGGAGUGACUAUUGUAUGGAAUGAAGCAGAGAAGAUUACAGGAUUGGAAACACCCUUUGGCUAACUCAGGUAAUGUGGAGAUCAUCUGUUCUAUAAACGGAUUUGGGUGAAAUUAAGAAGUCUUUGUUUGACUGCACUACUAAAACUGAUUUGGGUGAAAUUAGAAGUGGUACCUUCUUUGGCUUUGGGCAGCGAUCAUAAGAUACCUAUGGCUAUGGUUGUGAUCAAAAGAAAGGGAAUGAUAAAUUAGUAUAAUUCAAAGGUUACUUCAACUCAUUUCAUUCACUCUGUUGAC